UGGCAGAUCAGCGGGCUCUGCUGUUGCCCUUCAAAGCUGCCUUCUGGCUGGUCUCCACCGGUCCCUCCUGGAUCCAGCAAAUGCUCAACCUGAGCCUCUCGCCACAUGGAUGGUGAUAAGGAGAGAGACGCCUUGUCUUCACCAUCUGUCAUCCGAGUGGUGGCCUGUCAGAGGUCGUCUCCCCGCCAACUCUGAAAAGCUCCAAGAUUCUAAACGCUUAUAAAGAUCUGUUGAGUUGCCAUGAUGAAUUCUGCUGUCCCCAUCUGGACCCUCACAUUGAUAGAUGGAGAGAUUUCUGAGCAGGGAACCUUUCUGUGUGGAGCCCGUUGAUGGCACGAGAACAUUCAAUCCAAGGAAAUCUGUUCUCCACCGGAACACUCUUCAUGGAGGUUUGCUUGGGGGAAUUUCCUUAUCUGUUUCUCAACUGAAAAGCUGUGGGUGGAGGCUUUGCAAAUUUGGGGGAGAAGGGCCCCUUCUCCCUGCUCCAGAAUCAAACACUUCGAAUUCUAGGAUUCACCCCGACUUCCCCGGGACCGGCACAGUGUUGAGUCCCGAGCUGACGCCCUCGAGCCGCCACCAAGCGGAAAACCCGGAGUGGUUUUACACGCCUCUUGGAACGGAGUCAAAGGGCACCUGGGAGGAGGUGGGCAGCCGCCCCGCCCCGCGCGGUUCGAAGCCCCUGCCAUCAGGGGCGUCCCGGCCGGGCUGGUCAAGCAGUGCGGCGGGACCCGCAAGCUCGCAGGACCCACCCGAGGGCUCCGUGCCCUCCCCGCAGGGGCUGCGGGAGGAGCGCGCGGGGCGGCUUGGUGCCCUCGGGGCGGCUCCGGGCGGCGGCGGGCGCGGGGCUGCAGUGCGGCGCGCGGCCGGCAGCGGGCAGCAGCGGGCGCGGGAGGCCGCGGUGGCGGUGGCAGCGGCAGCGGCGCUCGGCUAG